AUUUGUCAAACUGGACACACUCCUAGCUCAAUGGUUAUGUUUAUAUAUCUGUAUUAUUUACGCUGCUCCCCCGAAGUAUUUAUAACUCGUGAUGAUUAUGCAAUGUACUGCUGGAAGUGGCGACAGUAAAUUAAGGUAGCCCCAGAGGAGGUAUCUUAUCGUUUUAGCUAAAAUAUGUUACAUCCACACAUCUUAUUUAGCGAAGUAAGAUAGUAUAGCGUUACAAAAAAAGUAGGAGCCAAACAAGAGAAGUACAUAAAAGGCAUCAUGGACCAGUCAUCAUACCGUUUGCUGCAGAUUCUGUCCUUGGCAUGUCUGGCCUGUAGGCUCACUUCUAGUUCUUUCAAAAACUACGGAACAAUAAUCCCACAAUCUCCAACAGUGGAAAUUGGGAAGGAAUUCACCGCUACCUGUGUAGUCUAUGACGCUGCUAAAGCCACAGCGGAUGACAUCUACUGGACGAGUGGUGGCGUCAUAGUGCCCAAAGAGCAGUACACCAAGAUCAACGACUCAGCUGUUAACGUAACCAUAACUAUCACCAGGGAAACUGGAAAAUGGUUACUUUGUAAAAAGAAUGAGUCUCCCUCAUCCUUAAACAAAAGUAAAACAAUCCACGGGAUUGAAUUGACCAAAGGGUAUCCUCCUGAGAAGCCUGAGAAUUUGUCCUGUAUGGCUGUCCAGUUCGACCGACAGAUUUCCUCCAAUGUGACGUGCACAUGGCAGCCUGGGAAAAUGGACGAGAAGAUAAGCACAACAUUCACCUUGUUUGGAAGUGUAAUUGCCGUAAACCAGAACUACAGCACAAAAGCUCAGAGAAGCAGUGGAUGCAUCUACUUUGGCAACUUUCCAAACUAUAUGGAACUGGAUAUAUGGGUAGACGUGGAAAACAAUUUGGGGAAGGUUCGAUCGGACGUUCUGUUCAUAAUUGAUCCGAAUGAAAUGGUGAAAACGAAUCCCCCAUUAGACGUCAAUAUUAUUUCAGAGAAGAACUUUUCCAGGACCCUCUUAGUGAGCUGGAAGCACCCUAUCCAUGAAACUGUUGUCAAACUGAAAUACAACCUCAGGUUCUGCACUGUGGGCUCUGGAGACUGGACUGAGGUACCCCCAAAUGACACUGAAAGUAGCAAGGAGUCUUUCCGUCUCCAAUACCUUAAACCGGACAUGGAGCACGUAGUGCAGGUCCGCUGUAUGCAUCACACGGGCUACGGCUACUGGAGUGACUGGAGCGCGAACUCUACCGCCAGGACCCCAGAGGACAAGCCUACAAGUAAACCAGACCUAUGGAGAGUGGUCAUUCCCAGUCAAGGCAAAAGUGAGCGGCGAGUGGAAGUGAUGUGUAAGGAUCCAGUGGAGUCCAAUGGAAGGAUACGAGGCUACAACAUCAAGAUCCAAGAUGGAGCCUGGGAGGUUGUGCCGGUCAAUGGCUCUGAGCUGAACUCCAGGUCGCAGGAGAGGAAAAUUAUCCCCCUUUACCAGAUUCCACUGUCUGACAAGAGAAGAGGCUCCAUUGAAUUGAAGGCCUGGAAUUCUGUUGGCGAGUCUCCCCGAGCUUCUUUGGGCAUUCCUAAAUUGGCCCACGAGCCCCCUCCAGUGGCAUCGCUCAGUUGUUUUAACCAGGACAGGAGGCUGUGGGUGGAGUGGCAGCCGCCCAAUGUGGAGGCCACAGGGGUGACUGAGUAUGUCCUGGAGUGGGUUUCGGUCAGUGACGGCGCGAUAGACUGGCAGAGAGAACCUAGACACAACAGGAAGGCACCCAUUAAAGGUACCCUUCAGAGAUUUAAGCUCUACAAUAUAUCUGUGUAUCCCAUGUACUCUGGGUGGACUGGGAAACCAUUAACCACUGGAUGCUUUCUGGAACAAGGAGCUCCACUGGAGGGUCCCUCUGUGAAAGUGAGGAGAACAGGGAAGAGCAACGCUGAGGUGGAAUGGAUGGAGAUUCCGCUGGACAAACGGCGAGGCUUCAUCACAAACUACACAAUAUUCUACAACACAGGAGGCAAGGAACACUCAAUAGUUGUCUCCCCGGACACCUACUCUUACACAGUGGAGGGCCUGGCCAGCAACAGUAAGCAGGUGGUGCGGAUCAUGGCCUCUACAGUACAAGGCUCGACAAAUGGCUCGGACCUGUCGUUCAAUACUCUGAUGUAUGCUCCUGGGCAGAUGGAAGCCACCGUGGUGUCUGUGUGCAUCGGCGUCCUGUUUGUCAUAGUGCUCACUGUGUCCCUCUGCAUGUACAAAAUUGACUUGAUAAAAAAGAUCUGGCCACCGGUUCCAGAUCCCUCCAACAGUACUAUCGCUAACUGGUCGCCUGAUUUCCCCACCAAAGCUGUCAGUCCCAAGGAGAGUGUGCUGGGCGACGUGAGUGUGGUGGAGGUGGACGUAUUCGACAGGAAGUCGCUGUGCGAAGAGGAUAAGGCGGGCCUGCCGCUCAAGAAGGACAAGUACCUGUCGGAGGAGCACAGCAGCGGCAUUGGCGGCUCUUCUUGCAUGUCGACGCCACGCCAGAGUGUCUCGGACAGCGAGGAAGGCGGUGACUCGGGCCAGACCACGACCAGCACCGUCCAAUACUCGUCGGUGGUGGCCUCCAACGGCUACAAGGGCCAGUCCCCUUGUACUCUGCCCCAGUCCCCCUGCACUCUGCUCCAGACCCCCCAGUGCGGCUCCUCACAGUCCCAGACGCCCAGCUUUGCCCGCUCUGAGUCCACCCAACCCCUGCUGGACAGCGAAGAGAGCCAGGAGGGCAGUGGGCAGUCCCACCAGCGGAACCCCUACUUUAGCCGUUCACCUGUGGCUAGCGAAAGCAGAGACCCGGGGGACAGGAACCAGCUGGAGAUGGAGGAGCAGGGGUUCGCUUCGCUCCGGUUCUGCCCUCUGGAGGAGGGGUCACAACAGACCACGCCCACAGAUGAGGGACAAUCCCCUGACGAACAGCCAGGCCCCGUUCCUAGCUAUAUGCCUCAGCUGAGGGGCCACAGGCAACCGUGUUAGGAGAGGAGAACAAAUGGUGACUUUAGUUCGAAGUCGUCUCACUUCAUUCAUUUAUCCCUCCUUUGUGCCUUGGUUCAUUUCAGACAUUCAUUUAUCCCUCCUUUGUGCCUUGGUUCAUUUCAGACAUUCAUUUAUCCCUCCUUUGUGCCUUGGUUCAUUUCAGACAUUCAUUUAUCCCUCCUUUGUGCCUUGGUUCAUUUCAGACAUUCAUUUAUCCCUCCUUUGUGCCUUGGUUCAUUUCAGACAUUCAUUUAUCCCUCCUUUGUGCCUUGGUUCAUUUCAGACAUUCAUUUAUCCAGCCUUUGUGCCUUGGUUCAUUUCAGACAUUCAUUUAUCCAGCCUUUGUGCCUUGGUUCAUUUCAGACAUUCAUUUAUCCAGCCUUUGUGCCUUGGUUCACUUCAGACAUUCAUUUAUCCAGCCUUUGUGCCUUGGUUCAUUUCAGACAUUCAUUUAUCCAGCCUUUGUGCCUUGGUUCAUUUCAGACAUUCAUUUAUCCAGCCUUUGUGCCUUGGUUCAUUUCAGACAUUCAUUUAUCCCUCCUUUGUGCCUUGGUUCACUUCAGACAUUCAUUUAUCCCUCCUUUGUGCCUUGGUUCACUUCAGACAUUCCGUUCAAGAUUUCAAAUGAUGAAUUACGUCGGCAUAUUAUUUUUCCUACAGACAUCCUAACUUUGCCUCAUUAAAUCUCUUUUUAAGUGGAUGACAGUUUGGCUCCAAGCCUUCAGCUUGUAUGUGGAGUUUUUGUUUUAACAUUCCAAGAAGCAAAUAGACCACUUUUUCAUGUUAUCAUCAGUGUAAUACAUGGGAUUCUGAGAUGCUGUAUCUUAUAGGUAAGACUAGACAGGCAGUGCAUAACAUCUUUUCUCUUAGCAACCACCAUCUCAAUCAGUUCACAUGACAGACAGGAGUUUAUAGACACAGGUCAGGCAUUACUAAUCAAUGAUGAACAUCUGAUUUUCAUCCUUACAACGCAUAUGCUGUACAUGAAUGUAAUUAACAGAUCUCGUCGGUCUCAAACAGCAAUGUCCCAGAAGAGCUAGGCACCAAACAGUAGAAAACAGGGAGGAGCUACAUGGAUCUGUCCAAUAAGAAAUGCUCAUUUUCGCUAGUCGGCCCUAAUGAAGAUGACUGUGUUCCCAGGAUGGUAGAUUGAAUGGUAACGUGUUCCAGUGUGGCAUAUUUUCUUUUUUCUUCAUAGUAUCUAGGACCAUGUCUAUGGACUGAAGUAAUGCCUCACAAUGAAAAGUUUACUCAAUUUAAAAGCCUCUUCGGUCGCUAGUGAGCUUUGUACUGUUUAUCAUUCGUUGUGUUAGCUUCACCUGUCUUCACCUGUCAACUUGAUUUAUUGGACAUAAUUUGGCAAGGUAUGCGCACACCUGUCUAUAUAAUGUCCCGAAACAAAAUGUGGGAAAAGUCCAGGGGUCUGAAUUCUUUCCGAAUGCAGUGUAGAAUAGAAAGGAGGACUUAAAGGAAGCCAACAUGUGACACUAACCAAUACAACAGGACCCCUUGAAAUAUGCUACACUAGUCAGUAUAUGACUGGUGACAUGGUGUCAUUUCAGGUAGGGAAUCGGUAGAAAAACUGUUUGACAAAUGUAUAUUUUGCCUUUUUACAAUGCCUUAAGAAUUUUUAUUCGAGGUCAACUUGACAUGCUGUUAUGAAUUCUGCUCCAAGUCAUCUUUAGACUUGAUCUGUUGCCAAAGACCUUAAUACCCAGGAAUUACUAAAUGUUUCAUGUUCAUUUCAAAAUUCUAUGAAUUACUACUAUUUUUGUUUUUAAAUACAAGAAUUAUUUUAUUUUAAAUUGUUCCGUUAAUAAGGACAUUGUGGUUAAAUUUAACGAAAGGUAAAGCAGUGCUAUGCAAGUUCCCUGCCCAUCUGGUUCCAGGUCAGAUUUAGAGAGAUUACUGGUACAGUAUUAUAUGUACUGAAAAGGAAGAUUGUGUAUUAUUUCUUACAGGUAUAUCUUUAUUUUUUUUAUAUUAAUUAGUUUGUUUGUUUUGUCAUGAAAAUAGUUUGUUUGUAAUGUAUAGGUCUCAACUGGACCUCCAAAUGAGUUUCUACAGCAAGGAGUAUGCUCAGAAAUUAAUGUACUUUUACCUACAUUUGAAUGUUGCUACUUAUGAAAACUAUUCUGACAUCACUCAGUUAACACUACAUUUCCAUUGUAUACAGAGAACAGCGUAGUAUUUCACUGCAUGCAACCAUAACAUACACCCUUUUUGGAGCAGUCUUAAGUAUGAAAUAAACUAGUUUAAAUGCC